UUAACUAUAUUCCAAGCGGUAAAGAUUAUUGAAUUAAACAUAAGAUGCGCCAAUUAUAUUUAACUCUCUGUUUACAGAGAUCAACAUCUGCCGCCGUCGAGAUGACGCCAUGGCUGAUGGCAAUUUUCUGUCUGGUUACCGCGGGCUGUUCAAACGUCACGGAUCAGCAAACAUCCGAGACACACCACGAUCAACAGGUGGCGAUCCUGAAACAGAUCAGAAAAGUGAAUGAAGACGGCUCUUACACGUACGGUUACGAGGCUGGGGAUGGAUCUUUCAAGGUCGAGAGCCGUGACGUUUUAGGCAACAUCAAGGGUACGUUCGGUUUCGUCGACGCGGAUGGUGAAAUUAAGAGGGUAUCGUACUCUUCCUCUAAUGGAACAGGAUUUAAAGCAACCACGGUGUCGCCAUUACAGGAGCACGUGUCCGUCGUACAAAGCAUUCCACGUUUAAAUCGUACCACCACGACCAAGAAACCGAACAUCGUCUAUCCUUCCUCGACCGAGGCAUCCACGAAAUCGUCGGUGGUUCAAUCCAUACCGCGAAACAGAAAGACGACGACCACUUCCACGAGCACAACUACGACCACGACGGAACAACCGAAGAUGAUAUUCAGUCAUUAUCUGAAAGGAACGGGAAAGAACAGACCACGUUUCAUUAUAAACGGGCAACAGAGGCCACUGAUAAUCGAAGAAGAAAGCGAAACAGAGGACGAAGAUUCCCAGAUAAAUCGACCAACCACGGAUGAUAAAACAUCCACGUACAGAAAAAUCAUUUUUGCCAAACGGCCGGUCGAUCAAACUUUACGUCCCAUCUCCGACGAUUUCAUGGAGAAAGAGGACGAGACCAAAGUGACGAGUGGGAAUAAUUUAAGGAGACAGCUCCACGAAGACACCACGAAACCUAAUCCAAUCGUGGAGGGUAGCAACGACGAUCAUUCAGACGUUUACGGUGGUUCCUUGUCCACGACUCGGCCCCUGUUCACCACGACCACUCCGCCAAGGGUUCUGCAACGCGUCUCGCCGGCUGGUCGGGUCGAAAAGCCGAAAGUGUACGUCAAUCGGGAGAACCUCGCUUCGUCGAGAUCGUUCGAAAACGUAAACUCCAGAGCUUUCGAAGCGGAGACGAAAAUGCCUCAGGAGGAGCGUGUCUCUCAGCCUCAACCUGUUUUGAUCCGCGGCCCCCCGCGCUUGGCGGCGGAAAAUCGAGAGUAUCUACGCCAGAGCACGGAGCCCAUCUUCGUCAGGCAACAACCGGACCAGUUCUUGCGCGAGGUGCCGGGUGGAAGAAUCUUAGUUCCCGCUCAGCCGAACAUCGAAGAGGAUCCCGCUUACAGGCCGCUCUCCAUCAAUAGGAUCUUGUUGCGCCCCCUCCCUAACCAGCAGCCGCUUUACUCCACGACAACGGACGCAAAUAUUCACUAUCUGACGGAGAAUCCUGUUCCUCCGGAGCAAGAAGAAGACCCCAGAGUCGCCAUGGCGCCGGGCUACAUGCGUCCAAGGCCUUUCCCGCGACCCGUCAUCUUCCAAGAACCGAGGCCCGUGUUGAGACCCGUCUCGCCACCUGUUAGCCCAGUCGAUGAAAGGGAGUAUCAAACGACCUCGGAAUAUCCUUACAGGAGCAGCACGCUAGCCUUACCCCCGGAACCACCGAAUCCAAUCAACCCGCCUCUGAGCAGACGUGACUUCCAAUUACUGUUGAGGAGGUUGCUGGUCAGCCAGUACGGCGUCCAGGCCCUCUCCUAUCCGAAAACUUACCUGGAGGACGCACUGUACGACCAGCAACCGUAUCCCUCUUAUCAGCCAGGCUAUCAGACAGUUGCUGCGCCACGAUCAGAAAUUCCGGGCUACGACCAACAAGUUCCCCUUCAGUACGGCGAUCGUGUCCCCGUCAGGCGUCCCGUGUUCACCAGGCCCUUGAGCCCUGUUUAUCAACCCCAACAGUACGAAGAUUACAACGACGGAGGUCGGUACUCGAAGAGGGUAUACAGGCAGAAGUUUUACGCGCAAGAGAUCGGUGACGAGGGGGAUGAAAUAUUGCCCGCACCUAUCCGAGAAGCAUUGUUGUUGAGGAUGCUGCAACUGGCGAUUAACGCUGAACGGCCGCCUCCCAUGCUCACGUCACCGAUUAUGACCACAACCACGCCUGCUUCGAGGUACAGGAAGACUGGACCGGUUAGGAGCGUGCAGAUCAUUAGCGACGAGGAGGAGGACGGGAAGGAGACGAUGAAGAAGAAGAUGUGAAUAAUUCUAUCUCUGAUCACUUAGCUCUCGGUGGUUAUGAAAUCAAAGAAUGUUUAAGUUGACGUCGGAAUUUAGUUCAUUUUUUUUU